AUGACCUCGCCCAGGGAAGAAUCUUUCCCACCCACGGCGCCUAGGUCUUGGCUGUCAUUGUUUGGUUCUCGUACUUCAUUGCAGUCGCCCCGUGAGGACCAGUCAACAGAACAGCAACCAACCGUCAUCUUUGGUGCGCCACUUCGAACCGCACUGCAAUACACUACUGUGCCUAUCAGUCUUGCUAAGGAAAAUGGGGAACAGUAUGUUUGGGGCUAUGUCCCUGCUCUCGUGGCCAAAACCGGUUUAUUUCUGAAACAGAACGGUGUCGAAGUGGAAGGCGUCUUUCGCGUUGGUGGAUCGGAAAAGCGUAUGCGAGAACUCCAAGAUAUCUUCAACACUCCUCCCAAUUAUGGCAAAGAUAUUGACUGGACCCCUUUUACCGUGCAUGAUGUGGCCGGUGUUUUGCGCCGCUACUUGAUUCUUAUGCCAGAACCGAUCAUCCCGCACAACUUAUUUAAAAACUUUUGUCGCGUCCUCGAACGGGGCGACCUAGACUUGGACACCAAACUGGGAAGGUACCGCACGCUCAUUAAAUCAUGUCCCCAGGCCAACCAGUAUGUUCUCUUGUAUAUUCUCGAUUUGCUGGCCCUUUUCAAGCAUCAUCAGGCUAAAAACAAGAUGACGGCGCAAAAUCUCGCUAUUGUGUUUCAGCCGUCCAUUCUCAAUAUACAAAACCUUACCUCCAAGAGCGAGCAUACACUGGCUGUCAGCGUAAUAGAAUUUUUGAUUAACUACCAGGACAGCUUUGUACUCGGACUGACACCGCCGCCACCGAGUGAUAAGCGCCCCGAAGAGCUCACAACGCCCAGCGCAACGCAUGAUCUCGAGGACUACAUGAUUAUUCCCUCCGACUCAGACGAAGAGGUCGGUGAGUACCACGUUCAUAUCGGGGGCGGAGCGCAUCUUGCUCGGUCUGGUACAAAUUUGAAUGCACAGUCCAGUGCCUUAUUUGCCAGACGGGAGCGUAAACAACGCAUGGAGCAACAACGUUAUAUGUCUGAACACUCUAAACCACCGACACUAGGCUCAUCUGAUGGCGACCACGCCUCACGUCAGUCGCCCCGACUGCUUCGCUCUUUUUCACAGCGCCGACGAGCUAAUUCUCAUACGGAUGGCAAGGUCGACGAAGUCCCGAUGCCUUCUUUCAAAGACCAAGAACGCAAUGUGUCCGAACUCAAUGUCACUCAGCCAUCACAUAAGUCGCGCGACAUGAACCAGGGCCAAUUACAGCAGCAGCACCUGGAGCGACCUUCUUUGAGCCAGCGUUCUAUUUCUGCGCACAAUGUGUCGCACAGGGAAAGCCUUCGUCCCACUGUUACGGACGACCAAGUGUCUCGCAUCAAUGACGACAAACGGGCACAACCCUCUUACACGCCUACUAUCAGCGCGGCCCGCUUGCCAUCGCCGAAGAGUGAAGAACGCCCGCCUCUUUCACCGAGCAUUGCUCUUUUUCCCCCCAACGAAUUAAACCCCAUGUCUUACCUCCAGACAACCAGCAUUCGACACGCCCAUCCUUACGUGGCCUCUGCCAGGUCACUUGCCGAGGCACCCUCGCAAGUACCAACGAAUCACGGAUCUUUCGUGUACUCCGAUGGUACUGCUCAGACGCAGCCCUUGGUGCGAUCAGUAUCAGCAGAUGCUGCGCCGCCGACACAGCCUGCGCCCAUCCCCUUUUUGGGACAGUCUCGUGCUCGUGAUACGAUAUCUUUGAAUGGAUCUGAUGCUAUUCCUGUGCCACAUACCUCUCCCCAGCCACCCCCUACAAUUCUCCCUACCUCUACAACUUCGGCAAUCUCUGACUCGACACUCCAACAUGCCAAGGUCGUUCUUACUAUCUCAGCUCAACCAGAGUCGCACUAA